AUGAGUAUGAUGAUGGUACAUCUGUUCCUUGUAUCCUGCGUGGUGGCGGUAAUGUCCGCCUUCCCCCAGCCCGGCCACGACCAUGGGUUCCACGUGGAGUACAAGGAAGAUUACUACGACCCUCACCCCAAGUACAAGUUCGAGUACGGCGUCCACGACAGCCACACUGGUGAUGUCAAGAGCCAGAAGGAGGAACGUGACGGGGAUGUGGUGCACGGCAGCUACGAGCUGGUGGAGGCGGACGGUUCCAAGCGCGUCGUCCACUACACAGCUGAUCACCACACUGGCUUUAACGCUGUCGUCCACAGGGAACACAACGUCCAUCCUCAACAUUACCAACAUCACCAGGAACACAUCCCAGAACACCACGAAUACUCACAUCUGUUCCUGGUAUCCUGCGUGCUCGCAGCGACAGUGGUCGCCUUCCCCCAGCACGGCUACGGCCAUGACAACGACCACGGGUUCCACGUGGAGUACAAGGAAGACUACUACGACCCUCACCCCAAGUACAAGUUCGAGUACGGCGUCCACGACAGCCACACAGGUGACAUCAAGAGCCAGAAGGAGGAACGUGACGGGGAUGUGGUGCACGGCAGCUACGAGCUGGUGGAGGCGGACGGUUCCAAGCGCGUCGUCCACUACACAGCUGAUCACCACACUGGCUUUAACGCUGUCGUCCACAGGGAACACAACGUCCAUCCUCAAAAUUACCAACAUCACCAGGAACACAUCCCAGAACACCAUGAAUAUUCACAUUAUUAA